UGGUAGGAGGGGCUAUGUGUAUAUAAAUAAGAGACAGUCAGAACAUUACAGGACAGCACAGACAGCAGCAAGGCACAGUCCACAAAGAAGAGACCCAGCAAGAUGUUUCCAGUGUUGAUGUUCCUCAUGGCAGCUCUUGUCGCUGCAGAACCACUGACGGAUCUCUCAGGCCCAGUAGAGUCUGAUAGUGAGUCUGUGGUGCACUGUGAUGCUCAUACUGCGUGUCCUGAUGGAACAACGUGCUGUCUGAGUCCUUAUGGUGUGUGGUUCUGCUGUCCGUUCCAAAUGGGUCAGUGCUGUAGAGAUGGAGUUCAUUGCUGCCGUCACGGUUAUCACUGCGAUUCGACAUCGACUCAGUGUUUGAGGGGGUGGAUGAGACUGUCGUCUUCUCCUCAGCCGGCCUCCAAAGCUAUCCAGAAAACUCAGGCUCUUGAAAUGCAGACCCAGACUGAGACUGUUCAUUGUGAAGGAAACGUCUACUGUCCAGCUGAGAAGUUCUGCUGCAAGACAGCAUACGGCCAGUGGGGGUGCUGCAGCGGGAUGGAGUUGUAAGUACAACCCCCCAUCUCAUCAAAGACUGAAGUGCAAGAGGCUUUCAAACUUCACUCUUGAGGGAAUAGAUUAAUCCUACAUCCAAGCUGAAUUCAUCUUUUUAUUAUUUCCCCCCAAAAUUGAUUGAAUUGCAAUAAAAUUGCAUUGGACUUUUAAUAAAAGAUUUUGCUUUUGA